UGCACCCGGCAGAGGAUGCAGCUGGUUGUCAUGGCAGCAGCGCUAGCGCUGGCGGGGGCGGGGCAAGGCUGCAGCUCCGGCUGCCACCCAAAAAACAUCAGCCUCCCCGUGGAUAUCUGCGGCACCACCGAGCUCGUCGACACCACCAUCUGUGAAGGACAGUGCUACCAGGAGGAUCCCAACUACGUUCUUGCUGAUAACUGGCCCGAACAGAAAAUCUGCAGCGGGGAAUGGUCCUACGAGGUGAAGUACACAGAACGAUGUCCACGGGGCUUCACCUACCCUGUGGCGAGGAAGUGCGAGUGCACUGUAUGUAAUGCAAACACAGACUGCGGGACCUGGCCUGGAUACAUACCCAGCUGUCUGUCCUUUUAA